AUGUCGAAGUCAUCAUCAUCAGAGACUGUGUGUUUUGGUGAGAUGUUAAUUGAUUUCGUGCCAAACGAAUCCGGUGUAUCACUAGCUGAAUCAGCUGGUUUUCUCAAAGCUCCUGGUGGUGCUCCUGCCAAUGUCGCUUGCCGUAUCGCUAAGCUUGGUGGUUCUUCUGCUUUCAUCGGAAAGUUCGGAGAAGAUGAAUUUGGACAUAUGUUGGUUGAUGUAUUGAAAGAGAAUGGAGUGAACAGUGAAGGUGUUUGCUUUGAUAAGUAUGCAAGAACAGCACUUGCUUUUGUUACAUUGAAGAAAGAUGGCGAAAGGGAGUUUAUGUUCUACAGAAACCCGAGCGCUGACAUGAUGUUGAAAGAAUCUGAUCUUAACAUGGGUUUGAUCAAACAAGCGAAAAUCUUUCAUUAUGGUUCUAUUAGCUUGAUCACUGAACCUUGUCGUUCGGCUCAUAUGGCUGCCAUGAAAGCUGCUAGGGAGGCUGGUGCUUUACUUUCUUAUGAUCCUAAUGUAAGGGAACCACUCUGGCCUUCUGCGGAAGCUUGUCGUAAAGGUAUUAAGAGUAUCUGGACUUGCGCUGAUAUUAUCAAGGUUAGCGACGAUGAGGUAGAAUUCUUGACCCAAGCAGAUGCUGCGGAUGAGAAGAACGUUUUGUCACUCUGGUACGACGGUUUGAAGUUGUUGUUGGUAACUGAUGGUGAGAAGGGGUGCAGAUACUUCACCAAGAACUUCAGAGGAGCUGUGAAGGGGUUCCCAGUGAACGCGGUGGAUACUACAAGCGCUGGUGAUGCUUUUGUUGGUUCAUUACUUUGCUGUGCUGCCAAAGAUUCGUCAAUUCUAGAGGACGAAAACAAACUGAGAGAAGCUCUAAGGAUGGCUAAUGCUUGCGGCGCAAUCUGUACAACUAGGAAAGGAGCCAUUCCAGCACUCCCGGACAAUGUUGCUGCACAAAAGCUCAUUUCUAGUUCUCGAAGCAAGUCUAUUUUUCCAACCGACUCGGAGUAUGAUGGAUAUGAUACCGAUGAAUUGAUGUUGGACACUGAAAAAGGGCUACUCGUUGUUGCUGAGAAUGACGGAGUUACUCAAGAUGAUGAUAUCUAUGAUUAUUCAAACUAUGUUGAUUAUCACUGUAAUGUUGUUGUUUAA